GAUCGCCUCGGGAGCAGAGAUUCGGUGGGGGAAAUGGGUCAUCUCGGCGACUUGUUUCUCUUCUGCCUCCUGCUUUGGCGGAUGGGCGACCCCAGUGACCAAGAAGCCGUCUACUUCCUGGAAGGCCCUCACAACCUGACCUCCUCCUUGGGCAGGGAUGUGAAGCUGUCCUGCUCCGUCCACGCCGUCGGCGAUCCUCUGGAGGUCAGCUGGCUUCGGGACGGCGCCCUUCUAGAGUUUGCUGACAGCAACCAAGUUCAGGUGCCCCUGGAUGAGGAGAAGUGGCUGACCACCAGCGUCCUGAGCAUCUUUUCUGUGCAGCUUUCGGACAUGGGAAAUUACCAGUGUGCUGUGUCGGUGAACGGGUCUGACGUCCUCUCUGGCGGAGCGUAUUUGGGGCUGGCAGGUCUCCCCUUUUUUGCCGAGGAACCCGAAGACAUGGAGGUGACGGCUGAGACCCCUUUCAACCUCACCUGCGGGGCUCAGGGCCCACCGGAGCCGGUGCGGGUGAUGUGGUUGCAAGACAGCGUUCCUCUCAACUCCCUGAGCGACCCUCUCUCCCAGAGCCCUUCAGUGCUGGCUGUGAAAGGCCUGAAUCGCAGCAGCUCCUUUUCGUGCGAGGCCUACAACGCAAAGGGAAUGAGCACCUCACGAACAGCCAUGGUGACAGUUGUCCCUGGACGGCCAGGUGCCUUAACCCUGGUGCGCUCCACAGACCGCAGCCUGGAAGUGGCGUGGCAGCCCGGCUCGAGCGGAGACUACCCGCUGGAGAUCUGCACCGUCCAGGCUGUGCGCUCAGAUGAAGACCUCAGCACCGUCUCAGAGAGGGCCCUCUACAACCAGAACCUCAACGUGCCCCCCUUCAGCCACUCUCUGGUCGGCCUGACCCCCUUCACCCCCUACCACGUGCGGGUGUCCUGUCGAUCCAGAGAGGGCAACUCUCCAUGGACUCACUGGGUUGCUAUGGAAACCCUGGAAGGAGUGCCGUCAGCUGCCCCAGAGAACAUCACGGCCUUUCAGAACGGCACCUGCACCAUCGUCCAGUGGGGGGAGCCGCCCGGUAAUGUCAAUGGGAUCCUGCGAGGGUACAAGCUCAUCUGCCAGAAAGGUGACCUGCCUGAGGUGGUUAUGGAUGUGGGAUUAACCCACGAGAGAAUCUUGGAGUGGAACUCAUCCGUGCGGAACCUGACUGUUCGAAUCGCAGCCUACACGGGGGCAGGCGAUGGGCCUUGGAGUCCCAAUCCUCUGAGAGCUUACAGGGCUCUUGUAGAAAACGCUGCCCCCGCCUUCUCCUGGCACUGGUGGUAUGUGGUGAUCGCUGUGGCAGUGGCUGUCGCGGCCGCCAUCUUCAUCAUCGUCUUCUUGACACGGAUGAGGAAGAAGGAAACACGAUACGGGGAAGCAUUUGAACCCAGCAUGGAGCAAGGAGAACUGGUGGUUCACUACCGGGUUCGCAAAUCGUAUAGUCGCCGAACCACCGAAGCCACCUUGAACAGCCUGGGGAUUAGCGAGGAGCUGAAGGAGAAAUUGCGAGAUGUGAUGAUUGAUCGCCACAAGGUGGCACUGGGGAAAACCCUUGGGGAAGGAGAAUUUGGCUCUGUCAUGGAGGGGCAGCUCAGCCAAGAUGGCGCCGUCCUGAAGGUCGCUGUGAAGACCAUGAAGAUUGCCAUCUGCACCCGCAGCGAGAUGGAGGACUUCCUCAGUGAGGCGGUCUGUAUGAAGGACUUCGACCACCCCAACGUCAUGAAGCUGAUCGGAGUCUGUUUACAGAACACAGAAAGCGAAGGAUACCCCUCCCCGGUGGUCAUUUUGCCCUUCAUGAAACACGGAGACCUCCACAGCUUCCUGUUGUACUCCCGGCUCGGGGAGACCCCACUGUACCUGCCCACGCAGACGUUGGUCAAGUUCAUGACGGACAUCGCUAGCGGGAUGGAGUAUCUCAGCAGCAAGAACUUCAUCCAUCGUGACCUGGCUGCCCGCAACUGCAUGCUGAACGAGAGCAUGACAGCCUGCGUAGCCGACUUCGGCCUCUCCAAAAAGAUCUACAAUGGGGACUACUAUCGGCAAGGCCGUAUCUCCAAGAUGCCCGUCAAGUGGAUCGCCAUCGAGAGCCUGGCGGAUCGUGUUUACACCAUCAAGAGCGAUGUGUGGUCGUUUGGCGUCACCAUGUGGGAGAUAGCGACACGAGGUCAAACACCGUACCCCGGUGUGGAAAACAGUGAGAUUUACGACUACCUGCGCCAAGGCAACCGCCUCAAACAGCCAAUCGACUGCCUAGAUGGCCUAUACGAACUUAUGAUGAGCUGUUGGGCCCUCAACCCACGUGAUCGUCCCAGCUUCGAGGUCCUGCACAGAGCCCUGGAGAAGAUCCUCAAGUCCCUCCCGCCAGCCAAGGACCCCGAAGAGAUCCUCUACGUCAACAUGGACGACGGGGUGGCUACCGAGGAAGCGGAGCUGGGGGCCGUCGGGGGCCUGGGCGCCGAGGAGCCCCUUACAAAGCACAACCAGCCCCUCAAGCCCGCCACAACGGUGGCCGAGGUGCACCUUCCCCAGGCGAUGGGUCGCUAUGUGAUGUGCCCCACACCGCACGAGAGCAGCCGGUUGCUAACCGAUAGCCCCAGUUGUGCUGCCACAGAGGAAGGGGCUUGAAUUGGACCCCAUAGUUGGAGGGAAGGAAGGGUACAAGCAACCCUACUGGCAGAGUUUCUGUACAGUUUGGAAAACCCCACCUCUGUGAGGAGGGGUUUUGUUGGA